AUGACCACCAUGCCCUCAGGAGAGGCCAGAGCCUCCAGCAACCCCACACAUGGUGAUAGCAGGUCUACAGACAUCCCAACAGUGGGGUCCCAAAGCCAGGUCCCCCUCCUUGUAGAUGUCCCAACAGCUCACGACACUGCAGCAUCGGCUGAACAGCAGGAUGUAGGUCAGGCCUCCAAGCCAGCCACCUUGGGGGCCACGUCAACGUCUGGGGAUAAGGACAAGCAUGAAGCUGCCGCGGGGCAUGCCCAGGAGCCCAAGGAGCCCACAGCCCUGCUUGCCCCCCUGGCCCCAGGUGCCCUGCAAAGGUCCAUGGGCUUCCAGAACCUAGUGCAGAAAGUGCUGGUGCAAGAUUCGAGUAUGACUGAGAAUCCUCAGAUUUUCCAACUUUACUCCCUGAUUAAGGAAGAGACACCACAAGCGGCAGGCGUCCCAGACAGGGAACAGGAACUAGCUCCAUCUACCCCAAGCGCUGAGGUACAGUCCCCGCAAAAUGUGGAGGCUCAGCCCAUCGUGAGCACAGCAGAUGCCAAUGACCAGCUUGACACUCGGGCUGCUGACACUGCUGAAGCUGUUGAGGAGAAACCUGAGGGUCAGGAGGCCUUGAACCCUGACACUGAUGCUUUGCCAUCAGCCCCUGCCUUGCCAGGCCCCCGAGUGGCAGCCGUGGAGAGGAGGCCCCUGGACUCCAGGGCCAGUGAGAACAACUACAUGCGCUCCAUGACCAGCUUGCGGGGCGGGGGUGAGGGGUCCAUCAGCUCGGCAGACAUCCUGGUGUGGUCUGAUACUGCCAUGGGCAUGGCCACGGGCAUCCUGGCCUCCGGCCACAGCUCCGUGACAGACCUGCUGCACAACACGGGGCCCAGCCUGCGCUCCAUCUCCAGCGUCCUGGGGAGUGCCAGCUCUGCCUCGUCCCCCGGGCUGGCAGUGGGGACCAACUCGGCCCUGCACUCCAUCACCCACAUGCUGGAAUCGGUGGAGCGGAGGACCGUAGAGGGCAUCCGCUCAGCCAUGCACUACCUUACCAGCCAUCUCACCCCACGCCAGGCCCAUGCCGGCCCCAACUUGGACGAGGCCCCGCGCUCGGCAGCCUCCCAAGACCCCGGGAACACUCAUGCCCCGCUCUCUCACCUGGAUGGAAGAGGCAGGAUCCAAAUCACCCGCUAUGCUGAAGCCACGCUCCAAACCAACAUCCUCUAUCCAUCCAGUGCCGUCACCACCCAGAAACAGCGCACCUCAGGGACGAGGGUCGGCCACCACCCGCUGCCGCAGCUGCGAAGUGGCCGUGCGCAGCGCCGCGUGUACCCGGCGCGCACCAGCCUCGCCACCCUCCCGUCCCGGCCGAGAGCGCGGGGUGUGUUGGCGGGCAGGCUGGCGCGCAGCACCCGGAGCCAGGGCGCUUUUGGUUCUCGGUCCCCAGGCCUCCCCUUCCCGCCUGGCAUUUUCUGUUUUCCCGGGCCUCCCCUCCGCCCGCGAGGAGCGCUCCGGGGCGGGGUCCGAGAGCAGCCCCGCCCGGGCCGGCCGGCGAAGGUGGCAGCGCUGCCAGGCGCGCGCCGCCCCUCCCUGCCGCCCCCGCCCCGGCGCCCCGAUGGGUUUUUCCAUGACUGCAUCCGGCCCCGGGCCGUCUUUGUUCCCGCCAUCCCCGGCCGUGCCUGCGAGCUGGUCCGCCUCUCUCCCGCGCGCCGGGGUUUUUCCAGGGCUCAGCUGGAGCACUGUGGAGCCGCCUCCCCGCCCCCGGCCUCCUGCGCCCCGGCCGAGCUGCGGCCCCCGCGCGACCCCGAAAUCCCCUGCAGGGAGCCGAACUCUCUCCAGACCCACCGCUCCGUCCAUCCUGUCCCCGCCGCCAAGGCCCGCAGCCCAUGA